GACUAACAUGCAUAAGAUGCAGAUUGGGAAAUUUUCAAUCGUGAAUGGGAUUUUAAUAGCAAUAUUUAUUUUAAACCACAAUUACGCACAGACAACACCGCCAGGGUUUGGAAUUUAUCAUCCUUGUGUGAACCAUUCCGUUAUACUUAGUUACUCCAACAGGACCAUUAAUUACACUCUGCAGAGUGGUGAACAUGACGACUGUGAAGCAUCUUACAUAACAGCUGGGUGGUACAGGUAUGAAAUGUUUCAGAAUAUACCAACAAAGGCACCGUUACCAGGACAAUGUGGGUCAUCAUCUCCAAUAUGGCUAAACGGUACGUAUCCGGUGAUUCCUUAUGAGAACCAUUCAAUAUUAGCUUGUAAAGUCGGAAGUUCGUCGAAUUGUGAGGACAGCUGGAAUAUAACUGUACAAAACUGUUUAACAUUUAAUAUUAUCUACUUAGAACCAGUCCCGAGUUGUGGAAGAUAUUGUAUGGAACCUGAAUGGAAUUAUCCAUCAUGGAUUGACCCAUGCUUCUAUAACAAUACCAUCAUAACUGGUGAUUAUACCAGAACGCUAGAUUAUAUUUUGUCAGAAGGAAUGUCUGAAGAUUGUGAAUCUUCAAAUCUAACAGCUGGAUGGUACCGAUUUGAUGGAUAUCAAAAUAUACUAACUACACCACCAAGCCCUGGACAAUGUGGAUCAUCUUCUCCUAUUUGGCUAAAUGGAACUUAUCCAGAUAUUCCAGGAAUGAUGGCACCUAUGACAGCAUGUGCUGUUAGCUAUUCUUCAUCUUGUCAGGAAAGUUGGCCUGUCAAAGUAUUGAAUUGCUAUUCCUAUAAUGUUGCAUACCUACAACCAAAUGGAAAUUGUUCAAAAUACUGUAUGGACUCAGUGCCUUACCAAAUGCCAACAGGGUUAGAACAUUGUUAUACUGCAACAGUGAUAGAAAGUACAGACGACAGAACAGUAGAAUAUGACUUAAUGAUGAACGAAAUGGAAAAAUGUGAUAAUAUAACAGAGGGAUGGUAUAGAUUUCAAGAAAAUCAAAAUAUACUAAAUUAUCCACCAUCUAUGGGACAGUGUAGUUCGAGGUCUCCUAUAUGGUUAGAAGGAACAUAUCCUACUACAUUUGGGGAAACAAAAACUAUGAAAGCAUGUAUGGUUAGUAAUUACACAAACUGUGAGAACCAAGGAAAUGUAACAGUCAUGAACUGUAAUGGAUAUAAUGUUGCUUACCUGACAUCAUUUAAUGGUUGUGGAAGAAUCUGUAUGGAGAGUAAAGAUUCGUUCAAUGAUACGACAAAUCAACAAAGUUCAACUGUUCAUCCCUCUCAAUCAUUUAUACAUAACGCAUCAGUUUCACAAGCCAAUUUAGAAGCCUCGUACACAGCACCCUAUUCUAGUUUUCAACCCCACGCCACCAUGGUUAUGUCAGAUACAUUUUCUGGAGAACCAGUUUUUACAGCACCAUAUUCGGAAUACCUGCCAUCAGAAACGAACCACUUUUAUGCAACAGCAUCUUAUGAGAAAACAUAUUCAGAACACCCAUCUGUAGACCAAUUGUCGAGUACUGAAUCUUGGAGUAUUCAACCAACAACAGUUUUAGACGUAACAAAGUCUUCAAGCUUUCCAUCGACUGAAUCAACUACACCAUUUAAUAUGUAUAAUCAGACAACUCCACCAGGAAAUGGAUAUAAUCAUCCUUGUCUCUUUCCUUCCGUUAUCAUGAGUAACUCCAACAGAACCAUUAACUACACACUACAGAAUGGUGAACAUGAUGAUUGUGAGUCAUCUUACAUAACAGCUGGGUGGUACAGGUAUGAGUUGUUGCAGAAUAUACCAACAAAGCCACCGUUACCAGGACAAUGUGGGUCGUCAUCUCCAAUAUGGCUAAACGGUACAUAUCCGGUGAAUAUUAAUGAGAACCAUACGAUGUUGGCAUGUAAAGUUGGAAAUUCGUCAAACUGUGAAGACAGUUGGAACGUAACUGUACAAAACUGUUUAACAUUUAAUGUUAUCUACUUAGAACCAGUCUGGAGUUGUGGAAGAUAUUGUAUGGAAUCUGAACGGACUUAUCCAUCAUGGCACGAUCCAUGCUUUUCUAACCAUACCGUCAUGCAUGGUGACUAUACCAGAGCAACAUAUUAUGUUUUGUCAGAAGGAAUGACUGAAGACUGUGAAUCUUCCAACCUUACAGCUGGAUGGUACAGAUAUGAUGGAUUCCAAAGUAUACCAACUACACCACCAAGCCCUGGACAAUGUGGAUCAUCAUCUCCUAUUUGGCUUAAUGGAACUUAUCCAGAUAUUCCAGGGAUGAUGUCACCUAUGACAGCAUGUGCUGUUGGCAAUUCGUCAACAUGUCAGGAAAGUUGGCCUGUAAAAGUGUUGAAUUGCUAUUCAUACAAUGUCGUUUACCUUCAACCAAAUGGGAAUUGUUCAAGAUACUGUAUGGACUCACAAAUGCCAACAGGAUCAGAAAUUUGUGAUACUGCAACCGUGAUAGAAGCUACAGACGAUAGAACAGUAGACUAUGACUUAAUGAUGAACGAAAUGGAAAAAUGUGAUAAUAUAACAGAGGGAUGGUAUAGAUUUCAAGAUUUUAAAAAUAUACUUAAUUAUCCACCAUCUAUAGGACAGUGUAGUUCGAGGGCUCCUAUAUGGUUAGAAGGAACAUACCCUUCUAUGUAUACGUAUACGUAUGGAGAAACAACAACUAUGAAAGCAUGUAUGGUUAGUAAUCACACAAACUGUGAGAACCAAGGAAAUGUAACAGUCAUGAACUGUUAUUCAUACAAUAUUGCUUACCUGACACCAUUUAAUGGUUGUGGGAGAAUCUGUAAAGAACAACAGAAUAGUUUUGGAUCAACGCCAUCAACAAUGAAUCAUCCAUGUCAUAGUAAAUCUGUCAUAGAAGGUACAUACGACAGAACCCCUAAUUAUGUACUACAACCUGGAGAAGUUGAGUACUGUGACAAUAUAACAGAAGGAUGGUACACAUUUGCAAGUGGGCAGAACGUACCAACUACGCCACCAGUACCGGGGCAAUGUGGAUCAAGGUCUCCUGUAUGGUUUGAUGGAACAUAUCCUACUUCAUUUGAAGAAACGACAACAAUGAAAGCAUGUAUGGUCAGUAAUUUCACAAACUGUGAAGAUAGUUGGAAUGUUACAGUUAUGCACUGUUAUGGAUAUAAUGUUGCUUACAUGAAGGAAAUUAAUAAUUGUGGAAGAGUCUGUAUGGAACAACAGAAUAGUUCUGGAUCAACGCCACCAACAACGCAUCAUCCAUGUUAUAGUACUUCUGUCAUAGAAGGUACAUACGACAGAACCCCUAAUUAUAUACUACAACCUGGAGAAGUUGAGUACUGUGACAAUAUAACAGGAGGAUGGUACACAUUUGCAAGUGGGCAAAACGUACCUACUACGCCACCAGUACCGGGGCAAUGUGGAUCAAGGUCUCCUGUAUGGUUUGAUGGAACAUAUCCUACUUCAUUUGAAGAAACGACAACAAUGAAAGCAUGUAUGGUCAGCAAUUUCACAAACUGUGAAGAUAGUUGGAAUGUUACAGUUAUGCACUGUUAUGGAUAUAAUGUUGCUUACAUGAAGAAACUAAAUGAUUGUGGAAGAGUCUGUAUGGAGAGUAAUGAAACGUUCAAUGAGACGAUAAAUCAACAAAGUUCAACUGUUUAUCCUUCUCUAUCAUUUAUACAUAACGCAUCAGUUUCACAAGCAAAUUUAGAAGCCUCUUACACAGUAUCCUCUUCUAGUUUUCAACCGCACGCCACCACGGUUAUGUCGAAUACAUUUUCUGGAGAACCAAUUUUUACAGCACCUUAUUCGGAAUACCUGCCAUCAGAAACGAACCACUUUUAUGAAACAGCAUCUUAUGAGAAAACAUAUUCAGAACACCCAUCUGUAGACCAAUUUUCGAAUACUGAAUCUUGGAAUAUUCAACCAACAACAGUUUCAGACGUAACACAAUCUACAAGCUUUCCAUUCACUGAAUCAACUACACCAUAUGAUAUGUAUGCACAGACAACAUCACCACCAGGGAAUGGAUAUUAUCAUCCUUGUGUCAAUCACACUCUGAUCAUUAGUAAUUUCAACAGAACCAUUAAUUACACCCUGCAGAAUGGUGAACAUGAUGACUGUGAGUCGUCUUACAUAACAGCUGGUUGGUAUAGGUAUGAAAUGUUACAGAAUAUACCAACAAAGGCACCGUUACCGGGACAAUGUGGGUCGUCAUCUCCAAUAUGGCUAAACGGCACGUAUUCAAUGAACUUUAACGAGUACAGAUCAAUGUUGGCAUGCCAAGUAGGAAAUUCAUCAAUCUGUGAAAAAAGUUGGAAUGUAACUGUGCUCAGCUGUAUGACAUUUAAUGUUGUAUAUUUAGAACCUGUCGUCUCAAGUUGUGGACGAUAUUGUAUGGAACCUGAACGGACUUAUCCAUCAUGGUACAAGCCUUGUUUCUACGACCAUACCAUUAUCUCUGGUGACUUUACCAGGACAAUAGAUUAUGUUUUGUCAGAAGGAAUGACUGAAGACUGUGAAUCUUCCAACCUUACAGCUGGCUGGUAUCGUUAUGAUGGAUUCCAAAGUAUACCAACUACACCACCAAGCCCUGGACAAUGUGGAUCAUCAUCUCCUAUUUGGCUUAAUGGAAGUAUAAGUUAUAUCUAA